AUGCUGUCAGAGGACUUUCUAUCGUCCGUGAGCGGGCCCCCAGUGGCCGCUAACACCGCCGUGUCGAAGGACAUUGGCAUCUACUCACAAACCCUCAGCCCGUCAUAUUCUAUUCGAGCAUCUUUCAAGAAGAGCUCAUGUGCCCGGCAUUGUCUCGCAGCUAGUGACACACAUGUGUUUGCUGCCCAAGAUCAGAAGGCCCAUGUGCAUGUUUACUCGCGGGUACGAGGGAACCAGGAGGCUCUGGUCCCCUUUACUGAGAGGAUCCGGAGCCUGGCUCUUUCCGGCAACGUCGUCAUCGUCGGGACAAUUGAGGGCAGGCUAAUCUUGUGGGAGACUUGCACGGGGCGACAGGUCACAACGCCGCCCUGCCAUGUCCAGGCAAUUUCUUGCCUGGCUGUGACGCCACAUCACCUGCUCUCUGCCUCUGAUGACUCCAACAUCAAUGUUUGGUCUCUUGCGCACUUGCUAGAGUUUGAUGUGCAGUCCGAGCAGGAGCCGGAGAGGGUGCUCUCGAACCAUCGAGGCGCCAUUACGGAUCUUGUCACUGGUCCAAGCACGAACCAAGAAACAAAUAUAUGCGUGUCAUCGAGCAAGGACAAGACCUGCAUAGUCUGGAAUUACUGUACAGGUCAAGUACUUCGAACUUUGCUGUUCCCUGCUACCCCUCUCUGUAUCACAAUGGAUCCUUGCGCCCGGGCCCUCUACGUAGCUGCCGAAGGGGGCGCUCUGCAUGUGGUCGAGUUUUUUGGCGACAAGUUUCUGCUUGGUGCGGAAGCAUCCGAACCAGCCUCUAUUGUGGUACAGGGAGGUGACCCUGUAGGAGUGGCCGAAGAUGAGGCAGGCGAAGCAAACUGCAUAUCUUGCAGCUAUGAUGGAACCACCAUCCUCACUGGUCACACGAAGGGCAAGAUCCUGCGCUGGGGCCUGACGCAGCCUAGUCACCCAACUGAGCUGGCCAACCUGAAUGCUUCCGUCACCAAUCUGGUUUUCACACCCCUCAUUCCCGCGGAGAAGCAGCUUUCUUCUAUCAAUAUAAUGAAGCCAAACCAGGCACAGCGGCAUUAUGUGUUCAAUGCACAACUGAAAAACGAGUUAGCCUACGAGUCUAGGUUCACCAAUUUGCUCAACGCCAAUGGGUUUCCUGCGGAUGCAAUAGAGCAAGCAGCGAAAAACUUCACAACCGCAACCUCCGAGUCUCCCGAUGAUUUGGAUGCAGAUGACAGACUUUUGUCUAUGGCAAAGCAACAACUUCAGAACAUGGGAGACAAUUCUUUAUUGGCCACUUGA